UCUAUGAGCUUUGAGAUCCACAUUUACAUCCAGUUACGGUGGUCAAACUGAGAAAUUUAACGACUAUGACAGCGAGAGCGACCGCUGAACAACCGUGUCACGAUGCCUACUUGUUGGGCGAUAGGCUGCAGUAACGUGCAGGGUAAAGCUGGGAAGAACAGAAACAAAACCACUUCUGGAGAGCCUUUGCCAGAAAAUGAAAAGUUGUCUUUUCACCGAUUUCCAUUUACGAAACCAGACCUAUUGAAACAAUGGCUUCAAAAUGUUGGCAGGAAGUGGCGGUCAGAUCAUGCAUCUUCUUCAAUGUGUCUUUGCUCUGUACAUUUUUUGAAAGACUGCUUCGAGUUCGACACAUUCGGUCAUCUUAUGCUCACAGAAAAAGAGAGACUAAAACGAAAGCGGCGUCUGAAGGAGGAUGCUGUUCCGACUUUAUUCGCUGCCUCAUCGUCUUCUGAAUGCAGGACUUCUGCAAAGUUUAAGGAACUUGUGGACUCCUUCUCUGCUAACGAUGAAAAAACAAAAGAUAUUUCACCUUACCCAGUGUCACUUUUCCAAAUAAUACAUCCGUAUCAACAGUCCAUUCAGUUACCAUCUGAUGAUAACACUGCUGUGAAGACUGAAGCAGAUGAGAAAUCAACUUCAGAGGAAAUUAAUCCUGAUUUUUUAAAAACAGAAUUGGAGGAUCCAGAGAACCAUAAAUUCUCUAAGAAAGAAACUGGUGAAGGCAUCUCUGGUCUGCGGCAACCUAGACACACACGUACCUCACAGGAUGUUGUGUAUUUUCCUGAGCCCAUGGUACCAGAACCUGAAUGUACCGAAUUAGAGGGGACGAGCAGGUCAGUCUCUGAAGCUCUGUCACAGACGGACUCUAGCCAAGAAAGAGCAAAUAUACAGUGUCCUCAGGAUGCGGUUGAUACCUCUGACCACAGCAAUUCCAAGACAGAUUGUAACGAUUUUCCAGAGACCAGAUUGACAGAUGCUCAGACUCAAUCCAAGCAGGACAAGGAAACUCAGAUGGAAUACCUUGGCCCAUGUACAGGGGUUCCUAAUACAGAAUCUGAAACACAACAGCCUGAAAGUCAAAGCGACAACCAGUCUAGCAAAAUGAAUCCACUGUUUUCCUGCCCAAACACAACUUUGGCAACUACAGAUGAUAUUUAUGGCAUACCACAAAAAAUUUUUGUGGAGAGAAAAGCUGGAGAGCCCCCAACAGAAUACAUAGCGGCAUUUGUUUACCUUCCUGAUGAUAAAAAGCCUGACAAAUCAAAGAAGGUAUUAGGAGUUGAUAAAAAGGGAUUGAUAUACCUUCCUCGUGACACCUAUGAUAGCAUCGCUGAAUCUGGCCCCAUGGUUCAAGACUCAGAGCAGGACUCCGAAUGUGAACCUACAGAGGAAGAAAAGCUACAGCAUGGAUCCUAUUCCUCAAAGCAUGAUCACCCUUACUGCUCAAGUAGAUCAGUCAGUAGGAGUGUACAAACCAAAGACGUACCAUUGGUCCCUGUGAAAAGAAGUCGAAGGAAAAAGAAAAGAGGGAGAAAGCGUAAAUUGAAGACAACAGAAACAGGAUCAGAAAAAAAGGAUAUGCCCAAACAUAUAGAGACAUAGAGACCAAAACUACAGAAGACUGACAGAUUUUUUUUGUGUUUAAUAUAUAGACAUAACGUCAACAUCUGCAUCUGUGUCUUCUAUUAAACCAUUUCAGCUGCAGGCAGUUGAUAUGCAUGAAGAAACCCAGCUUCUGCGUAAUUCAGGAAUCUGAGAUGGAAGAACACAUUAAAUGUGUCAAUCUUUGACUCAAAGACUUCAGUGCAGAUGUUCUUGAAAACAACUCCACUCUGCUGUUGCCAUGACUAUUGUAUAAUGGUUCUUGUGUUGAUAUGAAAUGAAUUAGCUUCCAAGUUGCCUAGUCAUGAUCGUGUGCAUGUUUACAGUAAAACAGAUGUGGUGAAUUACAACUGAAUUUCUAGUUACAAACCUCUGUGCUGUCAUUUCCGAUUGUGAUUCUUCUAUGUUUUUUUUUUCUGAAAAUUAGUGAUUGUGUCGGAGUUCUUCAUGGUUUAUGGAUCAUUUCUCAGGUAUGAGAACAAGUGCAGAUUUUUUAAAAAUUUUGUUAUAAGAAUUCAAGCUGCUGGCAGAUUCAUAACCUUGCAUAUAUAACAUGGUUGGUUAUUUAUUUAUUUGAUUGGCGUUCUACUCCGUACUCAAGAAUAUUUCACUUAUACCAUGGCAGCCAGCGUCAUGGUGGGAGGAAACCAAGCAGAGCCCGGGGAAACCCACGACCAUCCGCAGGUUGUUGGGAGAUUUACAGGAUGAGCUGGAAUGAAACUCACAGCAACCGCAUUGGUAAGAGGCUUCUGGAUCAUUGUGACCAGUGUGUUGAGUCACGUCUUAAUUCUCAUGUAUGCCAAACAUUAGAGCCAGUGUUACAGUUAAUACAGAAGGCGAAGGGAAAACUCAGGCUUCCCUGGGAAAUAACAUUUGUAGCUUUAAAUUCAGUAUUUUGAAUGAUUUUUUCCCUUGCCUAAGACAUAUUUCAAAUCUGAAUUUGAAUUUGAGCAUAUUAGACUUAUGAUUGAAAAUGAUAUCUACAUGCAUAGUCUAUGGAAGAACUGAUAAAGCUUGCCCCCUUGGUUAAUAAUUUUUUUU